AUGGCUUCCAGGUUUUCUUUAUAUAUAUUAAAGACUCGUAUAGUGCACGGUUGUGAUUGUGAAAACAUAGAACCUCUAGAUAUUUUAUCAAUUAAAGUUCUAGAUCCUCAUCUAAAUUUUUCUCUUUUGAAGGAGAUAAAACAUUCAGAAGUAGAUUUUAGUCCAUAUUUUUUUGAAGAAUCACAUAAUAAUAAAUAAAUAAAUUUGUAUGACACAAUUGUAGAUAGAAUAAAAGCUAAUAAAUUAGAUUAUAUUGAAAAACAUUUAAAUAAAGAAAUUGCUAAUCAAUCAAAUAAAGAAGGCUGGACCUUAUUGCAUUGGAUUUGUUAUUUUGGUAAAUUGGAAAUUUUGAAAGUCUAUUUACCUUAUUGUUUAGAUAUCAAUUAAGAAACUUUAGAUGGAUGGACUUCAUUGAUGAUAUCCAUUAGAUAAUAGCAUCUCUAAAUAACUAGGUAUUUGCUAAAUUAUUAAAGCAUCAAUCCGAAUUUAGUCACUUAAUAGAGUAGUGCUCUUCAUUUGGCUUGCAGAAUGGAGAACACUUAAGCCAUCCAAAUGCUCCAAGAAAAAGAUGUUGAUUUUUUGAUUCAAGAUCGUUAAAAUAACAAUGUGUUCAAUAUUGCCUCCUUGAAAAUGCAGUUGUUUUUAUUGAGCCUAAUUAAUAAAAUGCCAUUAGUAACAGAAAUCUAAUUGUUUUCUCAAAUCAAUCCAUUUAUUGCAAAGGGAACCUAUUUUUCACCCGGUUCAAGUCCUUGGACUAUUAAACAAAGAUAUUUAGUGAUAAACCCUUUGGGUGAUCAUCUAAUAAGGUAUAAGGAUAAAUGUUAGACUGAAAUCAGAGAAUCAAUAAAACUAUCUUAAAUUUCUCAGGUCAAUUCUAAUUAUACAAGUUUCAAACUUAAAAAAGGAUACUUUUACAUUUAACUGCAAGGAGAGAGUCAUCAUGAUAUAAUAAUAGGUUUACCAACAAUUGAUCAUUUAACAAGAUGGUCGAAUCUGAUUAAAAAAGGUAUAACCUAUACUAAAAAUGUUGCUACUGGAUUGUAACUAAACAAUAUAUUCAUUAAAUUAGAAGAAAUCGACUUAGAUUCUCCUCCUUCAAGUAUUGCUCCAAAAAGAGACAGUUAGACACCGAUAAGACGUAAGAUCUCUGAUUUAUCAUCUUUGAUGCCUAAAUUAACUCAUUAGAUUCCUAAAUUCAAAGAUUUCGUUUUAAAAUCUCUUUUGAUGAGUGAUUAAAUAAGCUGUGUUUUCAAGGCUUAUUGUGAAUUAGAUGGAUCGACUUAUGCUCUGAAAUGUCUCAACAAAUAGUUAUUAAUAUAAAAUGGUCUACUUGGAGAAGCUAUACAUGAAGUACGUACUUUAACUUCAGUCGAUAAUCCAUACAUCAUUUAAUUAUAGUAUGCCUUUCAAACUCCUAAGUAUUUAUAUUUGGCAUUUGAACAUUGUAAUGGUGGCAGUUUAUACUCGAUUUUGAAUGCUUUAGAAAGAAUUACAAUUAAUUAGGCCAAAUAUUAUCUAAGUCAAAUUUUAAUAGCUUUAGAGUAUUUACAUAGCUAGAAUAUUAUAUAUAAUAAUCUCUGUUUGAAUAAUGUUUUGUUGACAUCAAAAGGAAGCAUUAAAUUAAUAGGUCUUCAAAAUUAUGGGUUUUAAUCAAUUUACUAUAAGACUCCGGAAUAUUUGGAUGAGGGGAAAAUUGGAAAAUGGACUGAUUAUUAUUAAUUUGGAAUUUUAGCAUAUGAGCUUCUAUCUGGAUGUCAUCCAUUUGAGGGUACUACUAGCAAUUAAAUUAUUUUGAGUAUUUUGACAUGUCAAAUUAGUUACCCUUAAUAUUUUCACAAGGAAGCAAUAAGUUUAAUAAAUAAAUUGACAAAUAAAAACUAUGAAAAAAGAAUAAAUCUUGAACAAAUUAGACAACAUCCAUUUUUUAAUGAUACUAAUUGGGAGUAAUAUUUUUUUCAAAAAUUACAAAACCCAAUAAGAUUGAAUUAAUUGAGAAAUUAUUUAAAAUUAGAAAAGAUUACAUUUCAAGAUGAGGAUUAUGAAUUGCAUGAUUAGAUCAACUUUAAAAAGGUUAUCCAAUAUGAUUAUAUUAAAUUUACUUGA